CCAAAAAGUGGCCAUAGAGAAAAUCCUCCUACCUGGGAACUUAAGAAAAGAGUUCUUGUGACAGCCAGCCCUAUGCAAUAGAAAAUCAAUUUGAGUCAGACUGACAGAAGAAAAGCACUUGAAUCAAUUCAAUGGAAAAAUCUUAGCCUUUCUUCUAUAUUCUUGAGCUUCUCUUCCCUCUUCAUCACUGAUUUAUUUCCUUUGCACCUUCACAGGCACCAAAGUUUGCCAAUGAAAAACCAAACAUUUCUGAAAGAAUUUGUUCUGCUGGGACUAACAGACAUCCCGGAGCUUCAGACUGUAAUUUUUAUUCUUCUCUUCCUUACCUACAUAUUUAGCAUCUCAGGUAAUCUGACAAUCAUCACCCUCACACUACUGGACUCCCACCUCCAGACUCCCAUGUAUUUCUUCCUCCAGAAUUUCUCCUUCUUGGAAAUUUCCUUUACAACCAUUUUCACUCCUAGGCUGCUGAUCAGCAUCUCUACUGGGAAUAAGGCCAUCAGUUUUGCUGGCUGCUUCACUCAGUAUUUCUUUGCCAUAUUCCUCGGGGCUACAGAGUUUUACCUUCUGGCUGCCAUGUCUUAUGAUCGCUACGUAGCCAUCUGCAAACCCCUACAUUACACAACCAUCAUGAACAACAGAGCCUGUAUCCAGCUGGUUCUCUGCUCUUGGCUGGAUGGGUUCCUAAUCAUUUUAUACCCCAUCAUCCAGACCAGUCAGCUGGAUUUCUGUGCCUCCAAUGUGCUGAAUCACUAUUACUGUGACUAUGGACCCCUCAUAGAAAUAUCUUGCUCAGACACAAGACUUCUGGAGCUGGUCAACUUUAUCUUAGCAGUUGUGACUUUGGCAGUAACCCUGGUGCUGGUGCUUCUCUCCUACACGAAUAUCAUCAAGACCAUUCUGAAGAUCCCCUCUGCCCAGCAAAGGAAAAAGGCUUUUUCCACAUGUUCUUCCCACAUGAUUAUCAUCUCUCUGUCUUAUGGCAGCUGCAUCUUCAUGUACAUAAAACCUUCAGCAAAAGAAGGAGUUGCCUUCAAUAAGGGUGUAGCUGUGCUCAACACAUCAGUGGCCCCUUUACUGAACCCCUUCAUUUACACUCUAAGGAACAAACAAGUAAAACAAGCCUUCAGGGAUGUGACCAGAAAGAUUAUGAGUCUUAAAUGA